AUUAUCAUGUAGCGUUAUCAGUUGAUAUUAAAGUGUGUAAAUAAAUGAACGAGUUAGAUGUAUUUGAAUUGUUAAAGUGAACAUUACGAAACUAUAACAAAUAUUGAAACUAUGGUUAAAAACGGAUUUUUCCUUGUGUUUGUGAUAAUAAACAGUGCAAUAUAUGUUUGUAGUGGAAAUUUGACAAAUUAUGAUUCUGAAAAUGAGAAAGAAAAUAAAGUGUUUGGAAACGCCCUUAAUGGUGGAUAUAUAAAAGACGAUGCCCAUAUUGGAAAUGACCAUCAGAGAGGUUUAAUAAUCGAUGAGAAAAACAACUAUGCUAGGAAAUUCGUUCGGAAGCGUUCGGCAAAUGGAACGGAUAUUUACGGACAUCUGGCGGGUAUUUCGGGAGGUUCCGUGAUACAUGUGGACAAGGACAAUAUUUCAAAAGCCGUUGAUGUACUGAGCACAGUGACUUUGACAAACCCUGUGAUUGUGAAACGGAGGCAACUGAAAAUUAAUGGCGUGGGACAGAUUCCAUUUUAUGUAGACAAUUCACUGACUAAAAUUGCAUUAGAAAUAAAGACAUCAUGUUGUAAACCAGACAAAGUGAUAGUCACAGAUCCGACAGGCAGCAAUUUAACAACAACAAGUGUAAAUGUGACAGUGAAGGUAGAUACGACAACAAUGACGUAUGUGAUGAUAUCACGAAAAUUUGUUCCAGGAAGUUGGAUCUUGUCAAUAUAUGACACGCACAAUCAGAACUAUGACGUCACCAUACACGGAAGCAGUUUGAUUGAUUUUGAUCUUUCGAUGUGUGACAGCUUAGGUAAUACGGUGCCAGGACAGCCGAUUCCAGGUAGCAAUUCAACAUAUGUGAAAGUCUCUCCUAUCGGACUGGACUUGGUUUCCAACUGGACAAGCUUGCAGAUGUUUGCCGUCAAUGGAACGCUAAUACAGACGACACCUGUUGGGAGGUUACGGGGGUCAAGGACAAGUAAAGCGUUUCUCAUUCCAGUGGUAUGGCCAAAAAAGGAUGUAUAUGUUGGCGUUAUUGGGAAAGACAAAGAUGGGAACAUAUUUACGAGAGAACAGGAUACUUUAGUCCAGCCAAUCGGCAUCCGGAUUAUUUUGAACAAUUCUGAAUCAGAAUCUAUUCAUUCUUGUUAUAGCCCUUUGUUUAUACCGUUUACCAUCAAAAACACGGGAGCUACUGGUGAUUUUCAACUACAAGCAGAGACAGACAACU